AUGGAAGGAUUUUGGUUGUGUUUGGGGGGGGGGGGGGGGGGGGGGGGGGGGGGGGGGGGGGGGGGGGGGGGGGGGGUGGGGGGGGGGGGGGGGGGGGGGGGGGGGGGGGGGGGGGGGGGGGGGAGGGGGGGGGGGGGGGGGGGUGGGGGGGGGGGGGGGGGGGGGGGGGGGGGGGGGGGGGGGGGGGGGGGGGGGGGGGGGGGGGGGGGGGGGGGGGGGGGGGGGGGGGGGGGGGGGGGUGGGGGGGGGGGGGGGGGGGGGGGGGGGGGGGGGGGGGGGGGGGGGGGGGGGGGGGGGGGGGGGGGGGGGGGGGGGGGUGGGGGGGGGGGGGGGGGGGGGGGGGGGGGGGGGGGGGGGGGGGGGGGGGGGGGGGGGGGGGGGGGGGGGGGGGGGGGGGGGGGGGGGGGGGGGGGGGGGGGGGGGGGGGGGGGGGGGGGGGGGGGGGGGGGGGGGGGGGGGGGGGGGGGGGGGGGGGGGGGGGGGGGGGGGGGGGGGGGGGGGGGGGGGGGGGGGGGGGGGUGGGGGGGGGGGGGGGGGGGGGGGGGGGGGGGGGGGGGGGGGGGGGGGGGGGGGGGGGGUGGGGGGGGGGGGGGGGGGGGGGGGGGGGGGGGGGGGGGGGGGGGGGGGGGGGGGGGGGGGGGGGGGGGGGGGGGGGGGGGGGGGGGGGGGGGGGGUGGGGGGGGGGGGGGUGGGGGGGGGGGGGGGGGGGGGGGGGGGGGGGGGGGGGGGGGGGGUGGGGGGGGGGGGGGGGGGGGGGGGGGGGGGGGGGGGGGGGGGGGGGGGGGGGGGGGGGGGGGGGGGGGGGGGGGGGGGGGGGGGGGGGGGGGGGGGGUGGGGGGGGGGGGGGGGGGGGGGGGGGGGGGGGGGGGGGGGGGGGGGGGGGGGGGGGGGGGGGGGGGGGUGGGGGGUGGGGGGGGGGGGUUUAGGAGUGGAUAUAAAGGUUAG